GACUUUCCUGUCCUUUGUAGUAAUUCCUAUCAGCCCUGCCCGUGGGGACUUCCUCUUUUGGAAUAGCGCCAGCCUCACCUAGCCAGGAUCCCGGACUCAUGGCUUUCUAACAGUUGAGAAUGAUCUGCUUUUCAGAUAACACCAUCCAGUCCAUUUUCUGCUGCUGUUGCUGCUGUUCAGUGCAGAAGCGGCAAGUGAGAACACAGAUAAGCCUGGGCCAAGAUGGAGGACUUUCAGAAAAACACACUCAGCGUCAUAGGCCACGGGGCAGCGACUUGUCAAGUAGGAAGCAAUCCAACAGGGGCUGCGCGCAACCGUCAAAACGCAAGCCCCUGCCUCCCCUCCCGCCCUCCGAGGGUGCUGAAGAGAAGAUCCGAGUCAAGGCACUUUAUGAUUUUCUGCCCAAGGAACCCUGUAAUUUAGAGUUAAAGCGAUCAGAAGAAUACUUGAUAUUGGAAAAGUACAAUCCUCACUGGUGGAAAGCGAGAGACCGUAUGGGGAAUGAAGGCUUAAUCCCAAGCAACUACGUGACUGAAAACAAAAUCACCAAUUUAGAAAUAUAUGAGUGGUACCAUAGAAAUAUUACCAGAAAUCAGGCAGAACGUCUGUUGAGACAAGAGUCUAAAGAAGGUGCAUUUAUUGUCAGAGAUUCAAGACAUUUGGGAUCCUACACAAUUUCCGUGUUUAUAAGAGCUAGAAGAAGUACGGAGGCUACCAUAAAACAUUAUCAGAUAAAAAGGAAUGACUCAGGACGGUGGUAUGUGGCUGAAAGACACCUCUUUCAAUCCGUCCCCGAGCUGAUCUGGUAUCACCAGCACAACGCGGCAGGUCUCCUGACCCGUCUCCGAUACCCAGUUGGGCUGAUGGGCAGUUGUUUACCAGCCACGGCUGGUUUUAGCUAUGAAAAGUGGGAGAUAGAUCCGUCUGAGUUGGCCUUUAUAAAGGAGAUUGGGAGCGGUCAGUUUGGGGUGGUCCACUUGGGUGAAUGGCGAGCGCAUGUCCAGGUAGCUAUCAAGGCCAUCAACGAAGGCUCCAUGUCUGAAGAGGACUUCAUUGAAGAAGCUAAAGUGAUGAUGAAAUUAUCUCAUUCGAAGCUAGUGCAGCUUUACGGGGUGUGUACACAGCGGAAGCCCCUUUACAUCGUGACGGAGUUUAUGGAAAACGGCUGCCUGCUUCACUAUCUCAGGGAGAGAAAAGGGAAGCUGAGGAAGGAGAUGCUUCUGAGUGUGUGUCAGGAUGUAUGUGAGGGAAUGGAAUUUCUGGAGAGAAACUGCUAUAUUCAUAGGGAUUUAGCGGCAAGGAACUGUUUGGUCAGUUCUACAUGCAUAGUAAAAAUCUCGGAUUUUGGAAUGACGAGGUACGUUCUGGAUGAUGAAUAUAUCAGUUCUUCCGGAGCCAAGUUCCCAAUCAAGUGGUCCCCUCCGGAAGUUUUCCAUUUCAACAAGUACAGCAGUAAAUCUGACGUCUGGUCAUUUGGAGUUUUAAUGUGGGAGGUUUUUACAGAAGGAAAAAUGCCUUUUGAAAAUAAGUCAAAUUUGGAAGUCGUGGAAGCCAUUUCUAAAGGCUUCAGGCUGUAUCGCCCUCACCUGGCCCCGAUGUGCAUCUAUGAAGUCAUGUACAGCUGCUGGCACGAGAAACCUAAAGGCCGCCCUCCGUUCGCUGAGCUGCUGCGGACUCUCACCGAGAUUGCAGAAACCUGGUGACCUGGAACAGAAUGCCAACCCAGAGGGUCAUCUUGCAAAACUGUCACAAAAGGAAAUCCUGUGUGGGGUCUCUGAUGGGGAAUAUCUUCCUUUAGAGUUGCUGACUCUUGAAAACAGUGCAAAGAUCACAGGCUUUUAAAACUUUUAGAAUUUAAGAAUAUUCUGACAAUGGUUUUUCUACAUGUGUGAGAGGGAUUUCCAAACUCUUAUUUUUCUGUAAUAUAUUUCACAUCUCGUAUGUGAAGAAGGGAAAAGGAUCCACGGUAGCUUUCACAGUGGCUGCUUUUUAUGAGACUAGCUCCGAAAACAUGAAAGCCUGAUCCUUCACGAGGCUGAGGAAAUUUCUUUGUUGAAGAGGAGUGACGUUCAUCAUUUCAGUGGUCCAUGCAUAGAAGAUGAAAAUAAAUUCUGCCAAUUCAUGGAAUAAAGAAGCCUCCCCUGAAGAAUUUCAUGCUUUUGAGCUGUAUAGACCUUUAUAGCAAAUGAAGCUUUGUAAAUGACAUGAAUGUGAGCAUUCUGGAAAUGUCUUUUGUAGUCUUCCUAUAUGUUAUUUAACAAAUUGUUUUUGUACAUAUUUGAUUAUUUUGGAAAUGGUUUCUUGCAUUCCAGUUUUAAACACUUGUAGGAGAGAACCAGAAGUUUGUCUUUGAACAGUUGUUGGUGACAUUUCUGUUUCCAGUGAUACCCACUAUCAGGAAAAUUCAGAACCUGAUUUCAGUUCUGAGAUUUUAUACUUCAUACAUAUGAGAUACGACAAUUUAAGAGUCCUUCUUUUGUCACAGUAGGUGCCUCCUGUACUUGUCAGGAAAAUGACUUCUUCUUUCUAAAAGAGGAGGCAAAGCCAAGGUAUCCAAAUCCAACAUCAAGCUCCAUUAUUUCUGAAGUCCAAGAUUUUGAAUUCAAGGUGAAACAGCCAGCAAUCAUAGUUAAAUCUUAAUUUUGCACGCACUGUUUGUAGGGAUGAUUGGAAACUGAUCUUUCUCGUUCUGAGUGCUUCAGAAAUACCACAGGAAGAAAGGAAUUGCAGAAAGCAUGCAUGUCACUUCCGUAAGGGUGAACAACAGGAGCCUGUUAUGUGUGUACUGUCCCAGCUGCGUCAGGGCCCUGGGGGAACAUGCAUUAUCAUCCUCAUUAGAGUCUAAGUUGCUGGUUGUCAGUAAUUGUGACUUUCAAAUCACAUUUUUCCCAUUCCAAGAAUGAAAUCUUUCAAUAUCAAUGAUAAUAAAUGUUCCUUAUUUCUAA